CAAGAUUUCAUCUUUUAUUUUGGACUAUUCUUAUCAUAACUGGGAUUGGUACAUCAUUCACCAUGAAUAUAACAACUGUUUUAAAAUCUGCACAUCUCGAAGCAAAGUCAACGUUAUUUACGACAGUCAUUCCAAUUUGUAGUUCGGUAAGUCGCCUUCUUUGGGGAGUCUUACCCGAUUACAUCUUAAAAAAUUGGAAGCGAUUGCCAAUCUCUUCGGUAAUGCUGCUCACAUGUUUUAUGGAUUGCAUUUGCCAAACCCUAUUCAUAUUUUUCAAUCAGGACUUUUUAGCCUUGUUUUGCACUUCUAUAUUUAUUAGGGUAGUCCAAGGAGGCUUUUUUGUAUUCCUGCCUGUAGUUGUUAUUGAGCUAUUUGGCGAUAAGUAUUUCGGACAAAACUUGGGUAUUACCCUGAUUUCCCAAGGUCUUGGAGCGCUUGUAUUUCAGGAAAUAUUUGGUUUAGUUUAUGAUUCAAACACUCCUGCAAGAUCCAACGAGUGCUAUGGAGAGAUGUGUAGUAGAUUGUCUUUUGCUAUAUCGGCCAUCAUGGCACUGGUCGCGUCUUGUCUCAAUAUAUUAUUGAUAUAUGCCGAAUGGUGCUCUCGUAAUAUACAACAGUAAUGUCAUAUACCCCCUUCUGUCAUUUUAGUCGUGCUGCAUGUAUUUUGCUAUAACUGCAAUUAUGGCACUGGUUCC